AGAAAAUGAAAUGGCUCGCAUUUUAUAUAUAUCUAUAUCGACAUUUUUUAAUAGUGUUAUGGGCUUAUAAUUAUAAUAUUUUAGUAAGAAGAUGGGUGUUGAAAAUUUUUUAAAGAAAAGGAAUUCACAUCGUAUGACGAGGUUGUUAUCAACUCUUAAUAUAAUGCGACACAAUAAAUCUGUAAAUUCGAAAUUCAAACUAAAGCAGGAAAAAAUUAUGAACUCAAUUAGAUAUCAUCCAUAUGAUGUAUCAAAAUUUUCAGAAAAGUAUAUUACACCAGCCUUCUCAAGCAAUAAUAAACCUGCUGAAUUGUAUAGAACAGAUUUAAUUAGUGCAAUGAAAGUUCCUGAUUCUGAAUAUUUUUCAAAAGAUGAUUAUAUAACAUUAUCUGAUCCUUGGCGAGGUGAGUGGGAUAAAGGAGUUCAAAUUCCUGUGUGUUUUAUUGAUGAUCUCAACAAACCUAAUUUAAAAAAUAUUUCUAUAUAUGACAUUCUUGAAUCUAAAUCUUUGCACUUUUCUAAUGAGCUACACCACCUAUUUCUAUCUAAUCUCUCCAUUAACACCAUGGGUUUAAAUAAUAAGAAUGAUUAUCUGCCUUCAAAAAGAAGAUCCUUGAAAAAAAUUGAAGAUUUACAUAUUAACCAGGCUACUGAAUAUUUUACCAAUGAUAAAAUUGAAAAUACUGAUAGGAAGGAAAAUAUAUUUGCAGAUAACAUUAAAAUAAAUAUUAAUAGGUUAUAUUCAUCUUAUUAUCAUCCUUCUGAUUUAAGAAAAUAUAAAAAUAAUUCCAUGAAUUUUGAAAACAAUUACCAUCAAUACAAUAUUGAUUUAAUGGAUCUAAUUUGGCUGAAAACUCUUAACUCUACCUUAUUAAUUGAUGAUAAUUCCAAGGAACCAUUAAAAAAAGAUUUUAAUACUAAUCCAUACCUAUCAAUAAAAUUAUUUGAGGGAAUUAUGUUAGAACUUGAGAAAUCCUGUUAUACAAAUUUCAAAGAUUCUUUUUUAAAAGAAAAAGAAAUUGCUUUGGAGUAUGAUGAAAAUGUUAUCUGUGAUGUAUGCCGAUCUCCUGAUAGUGAAGAAGGUAAUGAGAUGGUCUUUUGUGACAUAUGCAACAUAUGUGUACACCAAGCAUGUUACGGCAUUGUUAAGAUACCUCGUGGUAGUUGGUUAUGCAACCCGUGCCAAACCCAAAGCACCGAUUCUAGCCUCUUACCUCCUCCUUCUCUUCCUUUACCUUCUGUUUCUCCCAGUUCUCAAUCCUCUCAUAUGAUUCCUUAUAGCCCUGUUUCAACAACAAGCAAUACCCAACCUAGAUGUUGUUUGUGCCCAAAUCCAGGCGGAGCUCUUAAACCCACACCUAGUGGGUCCAAAUGGUGCCACGUAAGCUGUGCACUUUGGAUACCCGAAAUCGGGAUAGGAGACCCAGACAAGAUGGAACCCAUAACUGGGAUUGCAAGGAUACCUGCUGAACGUUGGAACUUUGUUUGUGCCGUGUGCAAGGGCAAACGUAAUGGGGCUUGCAUUCAAUGUUCGGUUAAGAGUUGCAGAAUAGCGUUUCACGUAACGUGUGGGUUUAAAGGAGGCUUGGACAUGAAGGCAGAUUGGCAUCAUCACGUUGAGCAUACAAAAAAAUAUUGUAAUCCUGAGUCAACAUCCUCUACUUCUACUAUCAAUACUCAACACCCCGACGUUAAAUUAAAAGCCUAUUGUCCUAAACAUAGCCGCAAAAAGGGUUUACAUGGAACUCCUCAAAAAAACUUUGAUCCCUCCCCUACAUCUGUAUUUAUCAAUUCCGCCAAUCACAUGCAAUUAUCUAACAGUAAUAUCGAAGAAUCUCGCUUUCAAAAGCUUAAACAAAUGGAAUCUGAAUUUUACGAAUUCGUGCAUCCCGAACAGGAAGUCAAUAAAAUUCUUUUACCCUUGCCAUCUCUACCCUUUCACGAUAAAGAUUGUUUCUAUCGUAACACAUCUCACAAAUCUACUCAACGUUCUACGUCUUCCACAAGUGUCACAGAAAUUUCUAAUAUACCUUCAAACCCCCACCCCACGUGGAUUAGGCGAGUUUUUUCUUUGACCUAUAAUUAUUGGAAACAGAAAAGAAGGCUACGUUUUAAUUCUCCACUAGUUUCCGAUCUCGUUCCACUUAGCAAAGUUAAUUCCCGCAACGACAAUGCUUUAAAUCAAAAUUAUUUUGAUGAUUUUUCCAACACUCCUCAUUCGAUCCCGAAUCCUACCCUUUUUGAUAUGGACAAUUGUUAUUCCUCUGCGUCGGUCGCCAAUUCCCUCUUUUCAGAAGAUUGCUUUAAUCCUAUAAAUUUUUCCUCCCUGACACAACAACAGGUGGAAAGCAAUCUUUAUCACAGGCUCAGGAUGUGCGUUCAACUUAGGCAAGAUCUUGAAAGGGUUCGCAACCUGUCUUACAUGCUUAUUCGGCGAGAAAAACUUUCCUCGGCAUAUGUAGAAUCAAGAAAGGCAGUAUUUGACAAACAAAUUCAAUUGCUAAACAAUUUUCCGUCACUCGAUAUAUCCUCCAUUAUUCCGAAUAUACAUGGCUCGCAAGACUUACAAUAUUUAUUAGAUGAACCAUUGUUGGAACGAGUCAUUAAAUUACCUCCACCCCCGGUCUCUCCCACCUUUAUUUUCUGUGAUAAUUUUAACGAUAAUUUGCUAGAUAAGCCACCACCUAAAUUUAAUCAUCUAGAUAAACCCAUAUUCAAUUCCUUUUACCCCGAAUAUAAAGGUAAACUUCAGCAACAUGACAGUAAUAUCAAAAAUGGUUAUUGUGUGAGAUGAUUAAUAAUUUAUGACUUAAAAGACAAUCAAAUGUUUUAUUCUCGUUAUAUGAAAUCGUUUACCCCUUUUUUAUAUGUCUUAUUUUAAAUGAUUAAAAAUAUAAA